AUGGCGGACAAUUUUCGAAAGAAUCUGAUCUCGAAAUGUAUUCGAGACAGCGGCACAGGAGAGCUGGAUGUCGAUAUUUUGAACGAGGUAAUGAAUGGAACAUCAGACAUCGAUGUGGUUCGAUUACGCACAUACGCUUGGCGUCAUACGAUUCCAAAUGUGCACCGAUUGCAAAUGUAUAAAUACAUGCUUGGAAUUUCUGGCGCCUAUCCAGAAACACGUGAAGUUGUUGCACAGCACAGAAGAGAAGAAGCAGUGCUACUGCUGAGGUGUUUGGUCACAACUCGUUCAACUGACUAUAAAAUGGUCGACGGUCAGGUGACGGAACCAGGACCGACCAAUGACGAUGUUACGAAAAUGAUCCUUCUUGCCAACAACCGUUUGACUGAAAAUUAUAUGAGGGACCCACAAACAGCAGUCAUAUCGGCGAUAGUGAAACAAGUAAGAACGGUAUGUCGAUGUGAUUGGGUAGACGCAUUCUGUAUUGCGCGGUCACUUUAUUCAAUGCUCAACCUAAAAUUCGAUGAACGAACAAUACGCAGCACUAUCAAAGAG